GCGUCAAUAGAGCAUGGUGUAGAAUGAGCCAAUCAGAAGCCAGGAAACAUCAGCCUAGCCUAUCGGCAGAUGGGCGAUGGACACAAAACUCACAGGAAGCGCUCUUCUCCACUUCGGCACCUCUGGCCAGCACGGACGGCGAGAGUGAAGCAGCACUGCCGAGAAAAAACACACAUCAACCCAUCACACAUUCCUAGAGCCGUCCAAAGAAGGAAAACAAACCUUAAAUCAGACCAGUCCAGUCUACGCCGUCAUGUCGGCCAAAGCCAUCUCUGAGCAGACGGGAAAGGAGUUCCUGUACAAACACAUCUGCACCUCUGCUGCCGUGCAGAACAGAUUCCGAUACGCCAACGUGACUCCUGAGACCGACUUUAAUCGGCUGACAGUAGAGCACCCAUGGCUGCUCACAGAGAGGCUCGUGGUGAAGCCAGAUCAACUUAUCAAGAGGCGAGGGAAGCUGGGCCUGGUGGGCGUCAACAUGGAUCUGAAUGGCGUCAGAGAGUGGCUCAAGUCCCGCCUCAUGAAAGAGACGACAGUUGGAAAAGCCAAGGGCAUCCUAAAGAACUUCCUCAUUGAGCCAUUUGUUCCCCACAAGCAGGAGGAGGAGUUCUAUGUGUGCAUCUACGCCACCCGAGAGGGCGACUAUGUGCUGUUCCACCAUGAAGGUGGGGUGGAUGUGGGAGAUGUGGAUGCUAAGGCAAAGAAGUUGCUAAUUGGGGUGGAUGAAAAAAUCACCGAAGACUCUGUGAAGAAAGAACUGCUGACUCAUGUCUCCAACGACAAGAAAUCAGUCCUGGCCAGCUUCAUCGUUGGACUCGUCAACCUGUAUGAAGACCUGUUCUUCACAUACCUGGAGAUCAACCCAGUUGUGGUUACUAAAGAUGGAGUUUAUGUGCUGGACAUGGCAGCCAAGAUCGAUGCCACAGCUGACUACAUCUGCAAAGCCAAGUGGGGCGAUGUGGAGUUCCCUCCACCCUUCGGCAGAGAGGCCUACCCUGAGGAGGCUUAUAUUGCUGACCUUGAUGCAAAAAGUGGUGCCAGCCUCAAACUGACUCUGCUCAACCCCAGAGGCCGGAUCUGGACCAUGGUGGCAGGAGGAGGAGCCUCAGUUGUGUACAGUGACACAAUCUGUGACCUGGGCGGUGUCGACGAGUUGGCCAACUAUGGGGAGUAUUCAGGAGCACCAAGUGAACAGCAGACCUAUGACUACGCUAAGACCAUCCUGUCUCUGAUGACUAGAGAGAAGCACCCUGAUGGAAAGGUUUUGAUCAUUGGAGGAAGCAUAGCAAACUUCACAAAUGUUGCAGCAACAUUCAAGGGGAUUGUGCGAGCUAUCAGAGACUACCAGGUCCCGCUAAAGGAGCAUGAGGUCACCAUAUUCGUCCGCCGUGGAGGCCCAAACUACCAGGAAGGUCUCAGAGUGAUGGGAGAAGUUGGAAAGACCACCGGGAUCCCCAUCCACGUCUUUGGCACAGAGACUCACAUGACUGCAAUUGUUGGCAUGGCACUGGGCCACCGACCAAUCCCCAACCAGCCCCCUGUUGCCGCCCACACUGCCAACUUCCUCCUUAACUCCAGUGGAAGCUCAACGACCCCAGCAUCCAGCAGGACUGCUUCUUUCUCUGAAAACAGACCCAAUGUUGAGAGCUCUCCUGCCAAGAAGGCCAAAACAGGAGGCCCUUUGGCCAAGGCAAGUACCCUCUUCAGCAAACACACCAAGUCCAUAGUGUGGGGUAUGCAGACUCGAGCAGUGCAGGGUAUGAUGGACUUUGACUAUGUGUGCUCCAGAGAGGAGCCAUCUGUCGCAGCCAUGGUCUACCCAUUCACUGGAGACCACAAACAGAAGUUCUACUGGGGCCAUAAAGAGAUCCUCGUCCCUGUGUAUAAGAACAUGAGUGAUGCCAUGAAGAAGCACCCAGAUGUGGAUGUGCUGAUCAGCUUCGCCUCCUUACGCUCAGCUUUUGAUAGCACCAUGGAGACCAUGCAGUACCCACAGAUUCGGGCCAUUGCUAUCAUUGCUGAAGGAAUCCCUGAGGCUCACACCAGGAAGAUUAUCAAAGCUGCAGAUGAGAAGGGCAUUACAAUCAUUGGACCAGCAACCGUUGGAGGAAUCAAGCCCGGCUGUUUCAAGAUCGGGAACACAGGAGGCAUGCUGGAUAACAUCCUCGCCUCCAAGCUCUACCGCCCGGGCAGUGUGGCCUACGUUUCCCGCUCAGGAGGCAUGUCCAACGAACUCAACAACAUAAUCUCACGCACCACUGAUGGUGUCUUUGAAGGUGUUGCCAUUGGUGGAGACAGAUACCCCGGCUCGGUGUUUACUGACCACGUGCUGCGCUACCAAGAUACGCCCGGAGUGAAGAUGAUUGUUGUGCUGGGAGAGAUUGGAGGCACAGAGGAGUACAAGAUCUGCCAGGCUAUUAAACAGGGCCGAAUCACAAAGCCAGUGGUGUGCUGGUGUAUUGGAACCUGUGCCACCAUGUUCUCCUCAGAGGUUCAGUUCGGACACGCAGGCGCCUGUGCCAACCAGGCCUCUGAGACAGCAGUGGCUAAGAACAAAGCUCUGAAAGAAGCCGGAGCCUACGUCCCCAAGAGCUUUGAUGAGCUGGGAGAGAUCAUCAAAUCUGUUUACGACGACCUUGUAGCCAAAGGAAUUAUUCAGCCAGCUGAAGAGAUGCCUCCUCCAACUGUGCCAAUGGAUUACUCCUGGGCACGAGAGCUGGGUCUGAUCCGUAAGCCUGCUUCCUUCAUGACGAGUAUCUGUGACGAGAGGGGUCAAGAGCUCAUCUACGCAGGCAUGCCAAUCACAGAGGUCUUCAAGUCAGAAAUCGGCCUGGGAGGAACCCUGGGGCUGCUGUGGUUCCAGAGGAGGCUGCCGAGGUACGCCUGUCAGUUCAUCGAGAUGUGCCUGAUGGUGACUGCUGAUCACGGCCCCGCUGUCUCUGGUGCCCACAACACCAUUGUCUGCGCCCGAGCUGGCAAAGAUCUCAUCUCCAGCCUUACCUCCGGCCUUCUCACCAUUGGAGAUCGCUUUGGAGGUGCUCUUGAUGCUGCAGCAAAGCAGUUCAGCAAAGCUUUUGACAGCGGCAUGUUGCCCAUGGAGUUUGUCAACAAGAUGAAGAAAGAGGGCAAGCUGAUCAUGGGUAUCGGACACAGGGUGAAGUCUAUUAACAAUCCAGACAUGAGAGUGCAGAUCUUGAAAGAUUUUGUGAAGCAGCACUUCCCCUCCUCUCAGCUGCUGGAUUACGCUCUCGAUGUAGAAAAGAUCACCACGUCCAAGAAACCCAACUUGAUCCUGAACGUAGACGGCUUCAUUGGUGUAGCAUUCGUGGACUUGCUCAGGACUUGUGGUGGUUUCACAAGGGAUGAAGCAGAUGAGUUUGUGGAAAUCGGAGCACUGAAUGGCAUCUUUGUUCUGGGACGAAGCAUGGGAUUUAUCGGACACUACCUGGACCAAAAGAGGCUUAAACAGGGUCUGUAUCGUCACCCCUGGGACGACAUCUCCUACGUGCUCCCAGAACACAUGUCCAUGUGAUCAGAGGGAGGAAACUGGAAUCCCAGCAGCCAUUUCCGCGCCCAUACAAUACUGUGAUUGUCACCUCAAAGCUGUUGCAUAAUAUAGAGAAGAUGUUACUUAUAUAUAGCUGCAAAUUGCAAAUAAUGAAAGGAGGACUUUAAGAGUAUUAUUUUUAGUUUUGGAAACCUGUCAGUGCUGCAGUUCUGUGUGUUAGCAAAACCUGCUCAACUGUGAAUCUCCAGUCAGAAGAAGUCAGAGUCUGACAAAGUGUCUAAAGAUGAAUCAGUCAUACAGUGGAGGUACUAAAAUGUGGUCUUUCAACUCUUAACCACCAACGCUCAUGGCUAGUUGAAGUCUUUUUGCUUAUCUUAUGACGAUACUUCACUGUUGUAUUAAUCCAGCAUGUGUGUCUGUAUCGCAGACCGUUGUGUCUAUGUGCAACAUUGUGCCGAUCAAAGAUCAUGACUUUGCAACAGGGGAUGAACAUUUUGUGCAAUAAUGCUAAUAAUAAUGAUGAUAAUAGUAAUAGUUUUAGAACACACUGUAGAUCAGAGCUUGAGUCAUGUAUAGGUUUGUUCAUGAAAAAAUGUAAUGGUGCAAAGAGUUGUAUUUUUGAAACAUCAGUCUGUUCACUGUGGUAACCAUUUUUAUGAGUCAUUCCCAGCAGGAGCUGCUGCUGUACCUCCCCUCCUCCCACAAAUACUCCAUAUUCUCUCUCUUAGCUGGUGGGAAAUGUGGGAGUCAUUUCUAAAAGGAUUAAAUGGAAGGGAAGAGUUAUUAGUCAUGAGAAUAAAAAUAAAUGGAUCAUUUUAACAUU